AUGGCCGACUCGAAGAAGGAUACAAAUAUUGCGGCGACGGAAGACGACGCACUGGCCGCACCAGUCACCCUGCCCGAAGACACAGGGGAGGGUGGCAAGUUGAAGAUGCUGAUGCAGCUUGUGAAGAAGUGCAUGGGUGUAAAGGACAUCGCGUCGAUGCGCCUUUCACUACCUGCUUCCUUGCUCGAACCUGUUCCCAACCUCGAGUACUGGCACUAUCUUGACCGACCAGACCUCUUCGCUGCUAUCAAUGACUCUGAAGAUCCCUUUGAGCGAAUGCUGGCCGUUCUCCGAUUCACGUUUUCAAAGGACCUCAGACAUAUACGCGGCAAAGUAUGCAAACCUUACAACUCCGUCCUCGGCGAACACUUCCGCUCCCACUGGGACGUCAUCCCCGUCUCCUAUCCCGCCGACCCCAGCCAACCUCCCAUCCAACACCACGCCCUCACAGACUCCGCGCCCAAACUCCCGCACCCACACCGAGCCGAAAGCUUGAGCGGGGCGGGGUAUAGUUCGCCUGCUGUGGACACUUCGUCGAGUAAUUCUGGAGGAACGGGAUCGACUGUGGAGUCGAAUGUGGACGCGCAGAUGUCGAAUCUCAGUCUUGUCGGUACGGACGGCGCGGUGUCGACGUCUACGUCCGUCGACCCUUCCCGUGGUGAGGGUGCUGCUGUCGUGGUCGAGGCGGAGGCAGGGAGGGAGGCAGAGAGUGGGGUCUUGGACGAUGGGAAGAUCAGGAUCGUUUAUUUGACGGAGCAGGUGUCGCAUCAUCCGCCGAUUUCGUCUUUCUAUGUGACUUGUCCGGCGAAGAAGAUGGCGAUGGCCGGUGUGGACCAGAUUUCGGCGAAGGUGACGAGUACGGCGGCGGUGAGGAUUGGGCCGGGGAGUCAGAAUAAGGGGUUGUUUGUCCAAAUCGAGGGUGGACCUGGGGAGGGGGAGAAGUACCAGGUGACGCAUCCGAGUGCGGUCGUGAAUGGCUUGUUGAGGGGAAGCCUGUAUGUGACAGUUUCGGAGAGCACAAUCAUUACAUGUACGGGAGGCAAAGGAGUGGGGGACGGCGAACAGCUGAGGGCCAUAAUUGAGUACAAGGAAGAGUCCUGGCUCGGAAAGUCGCAAUAUCUCAUCGAAGGCUGCAUACACACCUACAACCCUUCGUCAUCCGACCACGUCGAAUGGACUCGGGUGAAGCAUGUUCCUAAAGCCCUCAUUCUUGCGAACCUGGAGGGUUCCUGGCGGGGAACUGUUCGUUGGCGUUCAUCCCCAGACGACAGCAAAGACUGGAACGUCCUACUCGAUCUGAACCACCUGAACGUAGUCCCGAAGACAGUAAGGCCACUGGAGAGACAGUUACCAGAUGAGAGCAGGAAGCUGUGGGAGAAAGUGACGAAUAAGCUGGUCGGGAAGGAGUUUGGUGAGGCGAAUAAGUAUAAGCAGGCGAUUGAGCAGAGGCAGAGAGAGGAGGCGGCGGAGAGGAAGAAGAAGGGUGUUGAAUUCGUCCCGAAGUACUUCGAGAAGGACAUCGAGUCCGGUAUGCCGAUGCUGACGGAGGAAGGACGGAGAGCGAUCGAGGAGGAGUUGAGGGAAGGCUUGCCCGCGCCCGCGCCUGCCGUUUCGACUUCGACUUCGCCAAAGCCUCCCCUGAGCGCCGCUUCGACCGAGACCGCUGUGCCUUCUGCCGCCACCGCUGCUGCAUAG